AUGCAAUCCGAGCCACCUCAGCCGCCUCCGUUCAUAGACCACACUCCUGAGUCUCUCAUCAAGACAGCCGACCGUGCCAUAACUACAUUGAGCAGAGUUUGGGACCAGGUAGCUCGCAUUCCUGUGUCGGAAGCAACCUUCGAAAAUGCCAUCCAGCCUCUGAUCGAUGAGGAAAACCGGCGCCUUACAGAAUUACGUACCAUUUACUUCCUCUCUAGCGCUUCGACAUCGAAGGAGGUACGCGUGGCUGCAAAAGAUGCAUUCAUCAGUGUAUCCCAGGCCAUCAUUCAACAACUCACCCGCGAGGACGUUUUUCGGGUCGUGUCCGCUGUCUCGCAGAGGCGCGAAACGCAAGAUUUACCUCCUGAGUCGCAGCUGUACCUGAAGAAGCUCAUGCACGAGUUCAUGAUGAAUGGACUUGGUCUGGGGGACAGUGAGGCCAGGGAGCGUCUGAAAAAGGACAACCUGAGACUGGUUGAAGUGCUGAAGGAGUACAUCACGAACCUCAACGCAGAUGUCAGCGGUAUCUGGCUGACUCUCGAUGAGUUGGAAGGCUUGCCUCCAAAGGCCAUGGAAAGGCUCAAGGAGAAAGAGGACAAUGGGAAGUUCUGGGUCAGCUUCAAGACUCCAAACCGGGUAGCCAUGUUGAACAGUGCCAAAAUUGCUGCUGUCCGCCGUAGGUACUAUGAGGCUUGGGACAAUCGGCUGAAGGACAGCAACGGGCCUCUUUUGAUGGAGAUGCUUCAACUGAGGCAUGAUACCGCAAAGACGUUAGGAUAUGAAAACUUCGCAAAGUCUAGAGAUGCCGAACGGAUGCUGUCCGAAGCGGAGGCGUUAAGCUUCAUGUCGAGCAUCAGCGGUCAGUUGCUGGAGCUCGGGGGGAAAGAGCUGGAGCAACUGGCUUUAUUGAAAGAGUCUGAAUUGGUCAAUCUGAAGACGGAGUUUAAAGACGAUUCUUCUACGGAGGCCAUUUUCCGAUGGGACUUCUCGUACUACAAGCGGAUGGCCAGAGAUCUCGGCUCCGAGACGGACAGCGAGAAGAUUUCGGAGUACUUUUCUUUCCAGCUUGUUCUUCCAAAACUGUUCCAAGUAUUUUCAUUGCUAUUUGGACUCCGCUUUGUCAUUAGCUCGCCGAAGGACCAGUCCAUAAAGACCUGGCACCCUGAUGUGAUGGCCAUUGCUGUCUGGGAUGAUGUUGAUGAGGGAGGAGAGUUCUUGGGCUACCUAUUCAUCGACCCAUAUCCCCGUGAGGGCAAAUACGGCCAUGUAGGCCAGUAUGGAAUGCAGCCAGUAGGUCUUGACUAUCCGAGUUCUGUUUUCAAGGUCGUCCCGGGACCCUCGCUGACAUCUUCUCAGGGCUUCACCAGGCCGGAUGGGACCAGGCAUUACCCUACGUCCUGCCUCAUGCUGAAUUACUCGCCCCCAACUGCAACACGGCCCAGCCUCCUGAACUACAAAGAAGUAGUCUCAUGCUUUCAUGAGAUGGGCCACUCGAUCCACUACCUGACGAGCCGCAGCAUACACGCCCGGUUUCACCAGAACACGCCCCGGGACUUUCUUGAGAUACCUAGCCGCAUGCUUGAACACUUCUUCUACGACAAGAACAUCAUACGUGCUGUAUCUUGUCAUUAUGAAAACCCCGAGGAGAACAACAAGCUUCCCGAAGAUGCGAUAGAAAGGUUGGUCUCCACGCGCUACGAAAAUAUCGCAUUGACCGAGCUCGGCAACUUGGUCCAUGCAAAGUUCGACAUGGCAGUCCACACGACUUGGGAUGACGAGGCUACGCGAGACCUGUCCGUCUUAAUGAACAAGCUGAGACAUGACUUCAGCCUUCUGAGUGGCCCAGAGGAUCUCGGACUGGGAUACGAGACCCUCCAUGGACAGACGCACAUUCGGUUCAUCCAUGGCUAUGGAGCCAGCUACUAUAGCUAUCUGCUCGCCGAUGCUUUUAGUACAGACAUGUUCCAGUCUAAAUUUCAGCCUCUAUUCACUGAGAAUACCUGCUCUGAGCUUACAGAUAUUAUCAAUGAGAACCUACGGGCAGAAGGGAGGCGUUACCGGCGUGCCAUACUCCAGCCUGGUUCCACCACGGGCGACGAGCUGGGACUUCUCAGGAAGUAUCUGGGGAGGGACCCUGACCCAAAUGCCUUCGCAAAGGUGCUAGCGGAGGCUGUACAAGCAUCUUGA